CCCGCCAUGCCCCGCCCGCUUCCAGCAGGGCCGCGCCCCGCCCGAGCCCGCUCCGCCCCGGGGCUGGCGGCGGCUGCGCGGGGUCGGGUCCCGGAGCGAGCGGGUUCUGUCCCUGCCGUCCCGGCCAUGGAGGCGGUGUGGCGGUGGCCGCUGUGGCUGCAGGGCUUGGCGCUGCUGUGGGGCCGCGCCGUGGCGGGGCUGGAGCAGAUCAGCACCACGGUUCCGCCGGCGCCGGCGCAGGCAUGUUCAGCGUUUUCCCUGAAGUCCUGUGAAGAAUGUCUAAAAAAUGUUUCGUGCCUUUGGUGUUACACCAACAGCACAUGUAUUGAUUACCCUGUGAGAAGCAUUUUCCCACCGUCUUCAUUGUGCUCUCUCUCAGAUGCUCGAUGGGGAGUUUGCUGGAUAAACUUUGAGGCUUUACUGAUUGCUAUGGCUGUGGUAGCUGGGCUCAUUCUGGUGUCCCUCUCAGUCUGCUGCUGUUACUGCUGUUACUGCAGAAGGCGUUCCAGGAGGAGGAGACUAGAGGAAGAAGAGGAGCAGAUAGCUAGGAAGAGAGAGGAGAGAAGGCUAGAGUCUCUUCAGAGGAAACAUGAAAGAAAAAUGAAGCAUGAUGAAAUACGUAAGAAGUAUGGUCUUCUCCAGGAUUCUGAUAACCCUUACAGCAGAUUUGAAAAUGAAUGAAGAUGGGCACCUUCCACAAGAGCUGUACUCCAGAAUCCAGGAAGACAGUUUGUUUUCAUUAGCCCUUUGUGCUCUUUCACUUUUGUUUUUUCUCUCCAAAGUGUUUUUUCCUAGUUGUAAAACUAGAAGCAGCUAGACUUUCUGAAAUAACAUGUUUCUAUCUCCUACAUGUAUGGAACUAAUUUUCCAUAAAUGUUUUUUGUUGUUGAAAUGUUCACUCAAGUUUAUCUUUCCUCUUCCUAAAAUCUAUAUUUUAUUACUUGACUUAGAUGGUUAAUAGUCACAAUAGUGUGAUUUUGAGUUCAGUCUUAACUGCUACUUAAAGCAGUUGUUCUCAUAUUCCUAAAUAGAGAUUUUUUAUAUAUAUAUAUAUAUAUAUAUAUAUAACAAAAAGCAACAUGGAAGUACAGCUCCACAUAGCAGAAGUAGUUGAUGAAAAAUACAUCAUGCAUAUUCUUAUGGGUGGAGAUUCUUUUGCCUGGAAAAGCAUCUUCCAAGAGUGUAAGAGUGGAAUGUGUAAGGGCUGACAGAGAGGAGCAUAUUUGUCUUUGAAUAAUUAAAUUCAGUUGUGGGAAUGUUAAUAUGUACUUCGAGUACAGUUAGCAAAAUUGGAGGAAGGUUGAUCUUGAAACAAGCAUAGUUAGGUGUUCCUAAAUUUAAGAAACAUCAGCCUGUGUGAGCACUUUCUUCUGCAAACUAAAUGUAUAUUGAAAAAAAAAAUAGUAUAAAGUUGCCCAGAUUCUGCAGUUUUCCAGGGCUGACCCUGGCCAGCAGCUGAAGCACUGCCCAGCUGCUUCCUCCCUCCCUUGGGGAGAUGCAGGAGAGAAUGGGAACAGCAAAGGGUUGAGAUAAAGGCACAGUAAGAGAAGGAGAGGAGGGCAGAGGGAACAAAUUCUGCCAAGGCAAUUGCUACCUCCUAGAAGCAGACCUCUGCCCAGCCUCCCCUCCAGUUGUCGUGGUGAGCCUGGAAUUGGGUCAGUUUGGGUCAGUUUUGGCCAGCUGUGCCAAUUGUGUCCUCUCCCAGCUUCUUGCUCCCCCCUGGCCUAGUUGCUGGAGCAAACGGAGUGGGGGAAAAUGAAACCUGGAUGCUGUGCAAGCAAUGCUCAGCAAAAGCCAAAGCACUGGUGUGUUACCAGCACUCUUGUUGCCACAAAUCCAAAGCAAAGCAGCACAUAAAGGCUGCUAUGAAGAAGGUUACCUCAGUCCCUGCCAGAGCCAGUACAAUAAGAAGGCAGUAUUUUUUUUAACCUUUUAUUGUUCUUUUGAUAUUUCCAUAAUGUGAUUUAUUUCCUGUCUUACUUUUCAUAGAGGUAUUUCCUGGAGCACUUUUAGUAGCUUACCAGUGUGAUGUGACAAGCAAAGAGCUUUUCUGUCCCCCCAGUCUAAUUGUGUGUUCCUGUUUUUUCUGCACACUUUAAAGCACCUCCCUUGCUGUGUAUUAUCUAUUAAACAAAUGUACAGUAUUGAAGAUGUUUGUGUUAUUUUUGUCCACAUUCCUAAAAUAAACUCUUUAACAUCUUGAA